UCUAAAAGAUUCAUUCAAAAUGAACGGAUCGUUCAUGAACGGACCAUCCUUACUCCAGUCCAGUAGGGGGCAUCCCAAAGAAGAAGUUCUUCCAAAGCAACGGCGUGUUGGAAAAAUCAUGGCGUGGAUGGAUUUGCAGUGCGGUCCGAUGGCGUUAGGUAUCCUAGCAGGCGUGGGCUGCGGGCUCUGCUUUGGUUGGCAUCUCCGAGGGCGACUCAGAAAACCUGUCCGGGGAAUUAUGGCAACCUGUGGAGAGGCUGAAAAUGGCACUCAAACGAGCGUUAUGGGAGAGAGUGGGGAAUUCAAGAUGAUCCUAAUCGUUCGCACCGACUUGAAAAUGGGGAAAGGCAAAGUGGCAGCGCAGUGUUCUCACGCAGCAGUGUCUGCCUACAAGCAGGUGCAGCGUAGAAACCCAGAGCUCUUGAAACAGUGGGAAUACUAUGGGCAACCCAAAGUGGUUGUGAAGGUGCCAGAUGAAGACACUCUGCUGGAACUUUUGUGCCAUGCUAAGGAAGUUGGCUUGCCAGUCAGUCUUAUUCAGGAUGCUGGAAGAACACAAAUCGCUCCUGGCUCAAGAACUGUUCUUGGUGUUGGACCAGGGCCUGCAGAUCUUGUAGACAAAGUAACAGGUCACUUGCGGCUAUACUAGAAUUAACUGAAGUAUAGAUUAUCUACUGGUUUAUACAAUCAUUAUUAUGUAAUGUUAUGUAGGUUCUCAGUUUGUGUCACUUUAAAAUUGAAAUUGACUAAUUUUUAUUUGUAUAUUAAAAUGUUAGUCACGCA